GACAACGUAAUGGACCAUCGGUUCGAAAGGGUCGGUGUAUUGUCGCCGCUGGAGGAGUCCAGUGCCGAGGUGAGCAGAGACAGCGGUAUCGUAUCCCAGAGUGCGAGUAGCCUGUCGAUGGUCAGCGAGGCGCUGAGCAGCGGAACCGUGUCGCAAAGUCCCAGCUUUGGCGCUGCAGUGUCAGAGAGUCCAAGCUUCAAUGCAGCAGAGCCUCUACCAGAACCAGAACCUGAACAGCACCAGGAGCAAGACGACGAGAUCUUGAGGCAUACGGCACAGAGUUACUCUUCUUAUAUAAGGGCAAAUGCAGGCGAAGAGAUUCUGAACCUGGAGAAGAGUCUGGAGGAAAUGCUAACAAGAGUUGAUGAAUUCGUUGGUAUGCUUGACAUGAUCCGUAAUGACACCUCUCAGAUUGUCAACGACAACCUUCCUCAGAUCCACAGAAAAUCAGAAGAAAUGAGAGAGAUUUACAGGAAAAUUGACAAAUUAGAGGCUUUCGUCAAGAUGGUUGGAGCCAAUGUCAGUGCCAUGGAGGAGCAGGUGACCCAAGCAGAGGGAGAAGUCGGAACUUUACCAGGAGCCUUCAAAAAGAUCUUCCGCACAAUGAGCGUCCCAGGAUUUUUAAAUAAACCAGCCAGUCCAAAGAGACCUCAUCAGCAACAUCAAGAGAUUCCCUCUGUAUUCAGAACUGAUGACUAUUUUGCAUCAAACCCCGAGCAGUGACCCAGGCAGCGUUAGGACCUUUACUCUGUGCCAUGGGUUGGACUCUUGGUCUUGCAGUGCUGCCUAUACAGCGCAGUGACAAUACUGCUCUGCCAUUUUACUUCACAGACCAUUCAAAGCUAUGUAGUGUCGGUCACACAAACCUAACAGUGUUUUCAAAUGGAUUAAGUAUGGAACAGUGUAGUGUUUUAAGAGUGUGAUUGAUGGCAGCUAAUUUUUGUAGCCAGAUCACAUUGGUUUAAAAAAAAAAA